AUGCGCCCCUCGCCCGCCUUGGCAGGAUUGAAAGUUAGCUAUUUAACCCAGCUGCCAGAAGUUGCAACUCCAAAUGACAGGUACCUCAACUGCCAUCUCAUCGCCAAAAUGAAAGAUACUGAUAUUGAAGACGUGAAGAGCAUGGGGUUAUUAUCUCCCAAACAUCUCGAAUCCCAGGAGACUGUCCUACCUCAAGAUAUUUUUAGAAAUAAAUUCACCUGGUACUCGUAUGAGAUCUAUAAGUCCUUAGCAUUUCGUAUCUGGCUGCUAUUAUGGUUGCCAAUUAGUGUUUGGUGGAAAAUGUCCAAAAAUUGGGCUUAUCCGUUUGUAGCUUCGAUUUUUCUGUUUCUAGGGUUAGCGUUUUUACCCUGUAGUCAUUUGCUGUUUCGUAAACGUGCCUUAUCAAAACAACUUACCGAAUUUUCCAAAAUAAUUACCAGAAAUGCACCAGGUACGAACGCUGAUGAUUGGAAAAAUGUUGCAGCAAGUUUGAAUUCAUACUUGUAUGAGAGCAAAGCUUGGAAUACCAGGCACUUCUUUUUUGAUGCCUGGGACUGUCAAGAAGCAUUCAGAAGAAACAUUCUUGAACCGUUCUUUUUGCAAAAAGAUGAAGCUGCAAGGAUUAAGUCAUUCAAGGAAUCCGUUCCUUAUAUCGAAGAGGCCCUGCAGACUUAUUUUGCGGAAGUUGACAAACGGUGGAAGUUGUUUAAUAGUGAGAAAUCAUGGAGCCCCGCUGACCUGGAAAACGCUCAGCUUCCCAAGGAAACUCAUCGGUUUAAGCUUACUUGGUUUUUAAAGAGGAUUUUCAGUAUUUUUUCAUUGAAACCAUUCCUUAAUAUUUUAGUCUACAUAUAUGUGUCACGGGAAAUGAACCUUCUAUUACACACCUUGUAUCUUCGGUUGAUAUUUAUCAUGAUGGUAGAAGGUUUCCAAAAUCUAAGGAUUUCGCUGAUGGGCAUGGAACACAAAAUGCAAUUUUUGUCAACUAUUAUGAAUGAGCAGAAGACUGGUGCUAAUGGAUGGGACGAAAUUGCAAAGAAAAUGAAUAGGUACUUGUUUGAAAAGAAAGUCUGGAAGAACGAAGAGUUUUUCUUCGAUGGAACUGAUUGUGAACGGUUUUUUAGCGGCAGGUUCUACCGCCUUUUAUUUUCAAAGAAAUCUAUGUCGCUUGUACCAUUGAACGUUGAACUAUGGCCAUACAUCAAAGAAGCGCAAUUGGCCCGCAAUGAGCAGCCCCUCGUGUAG